GACACCGAAGGGGCAUGCUCCUCUCACGAUCCCAAAAGCUACCGUCUUUUCAGUUUUCACUUUUGCCUUCUCAACCCCAAAAAGAGCAAAUUCUCCAAAUUGAACUCAGAUUCCUUCACAUAUGUAUCCAAUACAUAUAUAUAGGCGUAUGCACAUCUGUGGCUGGGCUGCUGCUUAAAAAUCCUUCUCUUUCUCCUCUGUCACGUUUCUUGAUUCAUGGCUUUAGUCGAGAAGCUCGUCUCUCUCUCUUUUCUACCUUCACGCCAUACCCACAAAGCCAACUCCUUAAUCCCAUCUCCCAUUUGUUCUUUACAAUGCAAAAGCUCUUCUUUUCCUUCACCUUUCACAGAGAAGCAUUCUGUAGAGAGGUAUCAAAGGGACCGGUGGGUUUACAGUGACAAACUGGAGCGGCAAUUGCAACCCUUAUCAUGCUCUCUUCCCUCUGACACUGAAUCAGUUAGGGAAAAUGACAUAGCUUUGCAGUUGCCGGAGUUGAAGAAGUUGUUAGAGGUGCUCAAAGAGAAAAGAGAAAAAGAUUGUGUUGGUGGCGAUGGAGAUGGCAAGUUUGGACCGGGUAAUGUGUUUUUGGUGGGGACAGGACCUGGGGACCCAGAGCUAUUGACACUGAAGGCCGUGAGAGUGAUAGAGAGUGCUGAUUUGUUGUUGUAUGAUCGAUUGGUGUCCAAUGAAGUAUUGGAAUUGGUUAGUCCAGAAGCUAGAUUGCUCUACGUUGGCAAAACUGCUGGCUACCACAGCAGAACCCAGGAAGAGAUACAUGAGUUACUUCUAAGUUUUGCUGAAGCAGGUGCAACUGUUGUGAGACUUAAAGGAGGGGAUCCCCUGGUGUUCGGGAGGGGUGGAGAAGAGAUGGACUUUCUGCAACAGCAGGGGAUUCAAGUGAAAAUUGUUCCAGGUAUCACUGCAGCUUCAGGAAUAGCAGCGGAGCUGGGGAUUCCAUUAACUCAUCGAGGUGUGGCAACUAGUGUUAGAUUUCUCACUGGACACUCGAGAAAAGGAGGAAAAGAUCCUCUAUUUGUAGCGGAAAGUGCAGCUGACCCUGACUCGACCUUGGUUGUUUACAUGGGCUUAUCAACACUCCCUUCUCUUGCACUAAAGUUGAUGCGGCAUGGCCUGCCACCAGAUACCCCUGCUGCAGCAGUUGAGCGAGGAACAACACCUCAACAGCGAACGGGGUCCAUCAACGAUUCUGCAGGUUUUUGCGGAACUUAAGGAUCUUGCUGACAAGAUUGCAUCAGCAGAGUUAGUAUCACCAACGCUUAUCAUCAUUGGAAAGGUUGUCGGACUUUCACCAUUCUGGCAGCAAUCUUCAGAAGCAGCAGCAUCCUGCUUAGUAAAUGCUAAAUAGGGGAUAUGAAGUCGUUUAAGGUAACUUGGUUUCUCCGCUUGACAAAUUGAACAGUGAAGGACCGGCAGCUUAAGGGCUCGAUCGAGACACAUCCUGUUCAAAUACAAGUUGCUUCAGUUUCUUGGUUAGAAUUUGAGCCCAGUAUGAGUUGCAGCAGAACAUCCGGGACUUGGUUAUGGUUAUGGUUAUGGUAUCAUUUGAUCACAUUGUUGGUUUUCCUGUUAAAAGCGCAACGAUAUAGUUGAAGAUUAGAGCACAUUGUUCAUCGGCAUCAGAAGGUAGUAGAGAGCGUUUGUCUUAAAUUUUUUGCUGCUGUUCAAUUUCUCUACAUGUAGACAUGAUAGGCUGAUGCUAUUCUUUUAAAAGUUGAAUCUUGAAGCUUUUUGACUUGAACCCAUCUUUUGGCAUGGAUUUGAUUUAUUGUAAGAAAAAUAGCUUUCAUAUGUUGAAAAAACAAAGUUAACGCGUGCGUUGAUGAAGUGACAAGGUGUGAACCUUGGAUU